AUGUUUUUCAUUCAGUUAUACAGUGCUUUUGGUUUGCUUUCAGCGUCGAUAGACUGCGUUGGUGUGGCGUCGUCGUCGUUGGCGUACGAUGAUGUACCCAGCUACUCUACCAGCGGAACAUCUCAGUUUCAAGGCUACCAUGGGUUCUUUGCUCGAGAUGAUGAUAAAAUGCAGCCGCAGCCCCGCCAGCAUACCUAUGGAGAAGCCGCUGCUUCAAGUACAACGGUAGCAAAUUACACGAAUCCCACCGUACCGCCAGCGGAGCCGCCAACAACGAUGACUGAAGCGUACCCGACUCUGAACAUUGACCUCGGCAGCGUGACCACUGCGGUGAGCGCCUUGCAGAGGUCUACGACGUAUGGACCGGGCUCGGCGAUAUCGUUAGACGACGUGGCCAAGAACCUCGCUACUCUGAACACGGUCAUCGUACAACUGCAGAAAACGCUGGCAAAUACGAAGAAGUGCGAGAAAGGCAGCGUCGGCAUAGUGAACGACCGGGACGGUUAUGAACCGUCGAUGAAGCCGGCGCUGAAAGUAGAAGGCGGAAGGAUUUCAGGUAAGAGGACAAAAUCGGGAAGAGUGACGUUCAUGGAGUUAGGCACCGGGGCCACUUACAAACCGACGCCGAUUGCGGAAUUAGAAAAGCGGCAGGCUUCGCGAAACAAACUCGUCAAGGACGACUACGUUUCCAGUUCAGCAGUAACUUCGACGACGACUGCCGUGAGACCGUUGAUGCCGAAGUUAGAUCCGCAUUCUAAGUGUGAUAAUGUGAAGGCCCUUGCGUUCGACAGUGUGCACAAGUCAAAUACCAUCUACAAUAUUGCCAACGAGGUGUUAUUCUGUGACGUGGGCGAUGGGCCUCUGAAAAAAGAUAGCUGUGACGUCAGCGGUCAGACGAAGAACGAGACGGACAGCAUGGAGUUGGCUGAGCGUAAUCGUACCUCUGACGCGAAUGAACCAAGUUUGAAUGACAAGAAAGCUGCUGCCAAGAAAUCAAACUUGCAUUCACCAAAGGCGAACCAUUCUCUAUCGUCCGUUAAGCGAAAACCUUGUGAGGACGUCGCUUCUAGCAAAAAACUUAGGAGGAAGACGACGGUCGUUAUUUGCGAUGAGGAACGCCACGGAAAACAUUCGGUAGGGAAAACGGACAAAAAGGCAAAGCGACGGUCCUCAGAAAAGGAGGUAAACGACGAUGAAUCUCAAAAGGCGAAACAGGAAAAGAAGCGCGAGCAUGCUGCUAAGCUCCCUGUAACCGCAAGGCACAAACCUAGGUUAAACUUGACCAAAAUCAGCAACACCGACUUGUUUGGUGAAGAGUCAGAUGAGGACAGCGAACCGGAACCGGAACCAGAACCGGAAACGGGCCUGCCGCCUGAAGACUCCAGUUCUAUGGACGAUGCCUCUGAGAAAGUCAGCGAAAGCAACCAAGAUAACCAACAGGCUGACGAGGUCGCUGGCUGUUCCGCUGGGGAGACGAGUAACGUUGUUUGUGCAAAUGGUAAGAAGAGAAUGUCCAACGUUCUGGACAAGGACGUGGCUGUCCUGCGAAAAAAGCGAACUGACACGAAGACUGCGUCCGUGGAUGCGAAAUCCACCCGCACCGUUGAAAAAGGAGAGAAACGGGUCGCUCACAAGAUGAGUGCGGCUGUGGAAGAAGAAAAGGCGGUGCAUUCGAAGGCGCUGAGCAAAAACAGCUACAUGAUGACGGCUGUCAGCGCCAUCAAGCGCAUUCGUACCGCCUGCCGGAGCAGCGAUUCGAACGAACACAAGCCGGGAGACAAGCGCAGUGUUUCUCGAUUGUCAAUAUCGCACUCAGCCAUCAUCGGCGGAAAAAGCGCAGUCAUCAACUCGUUUACACUGAGGCGAUCGACGACGCUGCACCAUCAGAAGACGCUUCGAGACGAGGACUUCUACAAGCUGUUACUGAAUUACACGCUGGACGAAAAGCAGCUGAAGGAAAACGGCUUUCCGUUGGCGGACCCUGAUAAUCAAGGACGAGCCGUGUACUACAAGCCGGAGGUGGCUAAGCGAUUUGUCGAAGCAGAAAGUUUACGGAGGACGUGCUGCCGAUGCGGCGCUCCUUUCGAAGUCACUGCGGACUGGCGGUACUCGAGCAGAGACACCGAGUGCAUUUUUCACUACGGUAGACCCUGGAAGAAACGAGAGGGCGGUGUUAUUGAAACGAGGUACAACUGUUGCCAAGGCGACUUGAAUUCUUCCGGCUGUUCGAUGGCCAAAUUUCACGUUACCGAUUCGUCACCAGUUUUCUUCUUGGACGGCUAUGUGCAGCCAGCCGAGUCCGCGGAUGCGAGAAAACUUAUCUAUUCGCUGGACUGCGAGAUGGUUUACACGACCCUAGGCUACGAACUAGCCAGAAUUACUGUAAUAGACACGAAUUUGAGACAAGUCUACGAUGAGAUUGUAAGGCCCGAAGGACUAUUACUUGACUGUAACAGCCGUUAUAGCGGCCUGACCGAAAACCAGGUUGUUGAAGCAACGAAACUGUUGUCCGACGUUCAGCGUGAUUUGCUGCAAAUAUUCUCUGCGAAUACUAUUCUGGUGGGCCACAGUCUUGAAUGUGACCUGCGUGCCUUGAAAAUAAUCCAUCGCCUAAUCGUCGAUACCUCGGUUGUUUUUCCACAUCGCUUAGGACCUCCUUUCAAACGUGCUCUGAAGACGUUGAUGGUGGAGUAUCUGAAAAAGAUCAUCCAAGACGACGCUGCUGGGCAUGAUAGCAAAGAAGACGCCGCAGCUUGUAUGGAACUGAUGAAAUGGAAAGUGAAAGAAGAAAACAAGAAGUUGUUCUGA